AUGGCCACGCAGGUGCCGAAACCGUCGGCGAAGCGGCAGCGUCUGGCCGCACAGGCGGAGCAACGCGCGAAUGAAGAGCUAUCUUCGAGUGGUCUCCUCAAUGCGACCAUGUCCAGUGUGCUUGUCCAGUUUCAGUCGGGGCAAGACGAUUCUUUUCUCGGCCCCACCCUGAGUCUCCCCGCCGGCGCUGGCCAGGCGGAGAUGGCCAAGUUGGUCAACGAGCUUCGUCGUCAGCUGCGACAGAAAGAAAAAAGGGACGAUGAGGACGACGAAGACGUGCCGUACACAUUCCAUGUCCUUCUAAACAAGGCCGAUGCACCCACUUCACAGCCCACACGGAUCAACAUCAACACAAGUAUUCACGAUGACGUGCUCACAUCGUCCGUUGCUAAGCAGCUCGGUAUCAGUGCAGAAGAUAGCCUGACGAUUGUUUUUGAGCCUCAGGCUGUGUUUCGCGUUCGUGCUGUGACGCGAUGCUCUAGCACAUUGGCCGGUCAUGGCUCUCCGAUUCUGUGCUGUGCCUUUAGUCCGAGUGGUCAAUUGCUCGCUACGGGGGCAGGUGACAAGGUGUGCCGUCUAUGGGAUAUGGAUACGGAGACACCCAUGCAUACGCUGCAAGGGCACGAUGGCUGGGUUCUUUGUGUGGAAUGGGAGCCUCGUGAGCGGAAGUUGGCGACUGGUGGUAUGGAUGGCCAAGUGUGGAUUUGGGAUGCGCUUACGCCGCCGCUCCCAGGCCGUCGUGGAUGGGGCUCACGAUCGAGUGAGCAAGUCGAGGCGGAGCAGCAGAGUGCCCAGGCGCCAGGGAGCGCGCCACAGAAAAUGACGGUGGCACAACGGCGUGCCGCUCGACACGCAGCGCCGCGUGGUCAUAUGCUGCGCGGCCAUACGAAGUGGAUCACGAGUCUAUCGUGGGAGCCGAUUCAUCGGGAUGCACGCUCGCCACGCCUUGCCAGUUCAUCGAAAGAUGGCACUGUGCGUGUCUGGAACGUCGACGCACGCCAAGUCGAUUUUGUGCUUGGCGGUCAUACAGCCAGUGUCAAUGCUGUGCGUUGGGGUGGCGAUGGUGCGAUUUACACGGCAUCGUCGGAUCGUACGAUCAAAGUAUGGAACGACCAAGAUGGCCGCUUGAUUCGUACGCUGAAUGAGCAUUCCCACUGGGUCAACUCGCUCACGUUAUCGACUGACUAUGUCCUUCGCACUGGGCCUUUCGAUGUGCAAGGGCACUACCUUGCGUCACUGCUCAAAAACCCGGAUGCAGAUCAGGACGCCGCGGCCGCCGCGGCCGCCUUAGAGCGAUACGCAGAGGCCACUGCGAAUGGUGCCCACGCUGAAAUGCUCGUGUCAGCCUCGGACGAUCAUACCCUCUUUAUGUGGCCACCUCAAAUCGGUGGCACGUCAGCCACACCCAAGAAGAGCAUUGCGCGAUUAACAGGUCACCAAAAGACGGUGAACCAUGUGAGCUUCUCCCCUGAUGGACGUAUGCUUGCCUCAGCCUCGUUUGACAAUAGUGUCAAGCUAUGGGAUGGCCGGACGGGCAAGUUUAUUGCGAAUUUGCGCGGCCAUGUGGCGAGUGUGUACCGCGUUGCAUGGAGUAGCGAUAGCCGCAUGCUAGCCAGCGCUUCGAAAGAUUCCACCAUCAAGCUGUGGAACUUGAAGACGUUCAAGAUCAAAGUCGAUUUGCCAGGCCACGAGGACGAAGUGUACUGUGUCGACUUCCUGGCCGACAAACUAGCAAGUGGUGGUCGUGAUCGCAAUGUGAAGAUUUGGCGGUACUAA